AAUAUCGGCCCCUGAUUGGUCGAGCCUCCCAGUCACUGACGUCAGACAGGCUCUCUUGUGGACGAGCCCCGCGCAGGAGCAUCCAUUCUGCCUCCCGUAAGCGCUCCGCAAAGACUGAAGAAGAGGAGAUGCAAGCGACGCAAGGUGAGAGUUUGGCGCGAGUGUGAUAAAUACUGGAGCUCCCGAGGACUAUCUCGUUUAAACCUGGCCCAGCAAAAAUCUCACCUUCAUCAUUUCGCUUGGAUUUGAUAAGAGGAAAUAGCAAAUCUGUUGAGCUCUCUCAAAGGAAGGAUUCCUGUCGAAAAGGUUGUGCUAGUGUUACAGUUGACCAAUCAUGAUCCUGAACAUCUCGGACCUGGGCUGGGAUGAGUCCUCAGGCCUGGAUCCUUUCCUUCCUCUGGACCAGCUGGACAGCUCAUCUCCAUCUGAAGUCUCACGUCUCACACUGUGGGGUGUGGCCCUCUGUGUUUCAGGAACUCUCAUUGCUACAGAGAAUGCAGUUGUUGUCACCACCAUCUUGGCCACCCCAUCUCUUCGUGCCCCCGUCUUCUUGCUGCUUGCCAGUCUUGGGCUGGCCGAUCUCCUGGCAGGUGUUGCACUGAUCCUUCACUUCCUUUUCCAGUUCUGUGUGGAGCCCACUGAUUGGUCAGAAUUGCUGACCUCUGGACUGCUGGUGACAUCACUGACUGCCUCGCUCUGUAGCCUCAUGGGUGUUGCCCUGGACAGGUAUCUCUCUUUGAGCCAUGCCCUCACCUAUGGCUCAGGUCAGUCACGUCGGAGAGCCGCCUCCCUCCUGCUGCUGGUCUGGUUGGGUGCCAGUGUUAUAGGGGCAGGACCAGCGCUAGGAUGGCACUGUCUGGAGGAACCAAGUUCCUGCUCUGUAGCACGACCUCUGACUCGGACAUAUCUAUCGCUGCUAUGUGGGGGCUUUCUAGUUGUUGUCAUGGUAACCCUGCAACUGUAUGCUGGAAUCUGCCGUGUGGCAAGGCGGCAUGCCCACGCCAUUGCUACCCAGAGGCACUUCCUCCCCACCAACCAGCCAUAUGCAAGCAAGCACAGCCACGGAAAGGGCUUUUCUCGGUUGAUCCUGAUACUAAGCGUGUUCGUGGGUUGCUGGAUGCCUUUCUCCCUCUGGGGGCUGCUGGGAGAUGCAUCCAGCCCUCCUCUGUACACCUAUGCCACUUUGGUGCCAGCAGCAGGCAGCUCCCUCCUCAAUCCCAUACUUUACAGUCUGAGAAACAAAGACAUUCGAAAAGUGCUGCUGCACGCCUGCUGCCCACACAGAUUCUCCCACAGUACACACACUCAGUACCCUGUUGAUGUGUAAACUGGCAUCCUCACCAAUCAGAGCAACAAUCUAAGCCAGACAUAUCACUGUUUAUGUGCCAACAUACACAAUAGCUGCACUGUCAUUUAAAUCCAGAAUAUUAGUUUCUCUCUUUACUUUUUUUACACACACACACACACACACACUCCCCCACACAUAAGCAGCACUUUUAUAAGAUUUUCUCUGAAUCAGAAUGUACUGAACUGUCCCGGCUGCCUGCCAACCUAGGACUAAACGUACUGUCCUGUGUACUUUGUGCCUCAGUCAACUGUAGCUCCACUGGAUCCGAAGACUAAAACAAUCACAGGGACUCAACGUGUAUGGAUUUUAAUGAGUGUCUGUGCUUAAAGAUGAGAGGAAGUGAUGUAUGUAUGUAGAAGUCUUAAUAGUGUGACAACCUAUGUGAUCCAAAGCCCAGUGUUAUUUACUUGAAAGUCUGGAAAACAAUGUUCUGGAUCUUUGGAAUUACAUUUUGCACAUGCUGGAAAUGGCACUUUGAAAUGUACUGACCAUAUGUUUAGGUUGCACAACCUUUUUUGAAAUGGAUGAAUAUUUUAUACUGAUAAAUAAUAAAUCAGCUUUUUCUACUG